UUGUACACUUGCAAAUACAUUAUAAGAAACCUAGCAACACAGUUGGACAGAGUAACAACAAAGGUACUGUAAAAUACUCUUUAUUUUUUCUCUGUAAGUUGCAGAACAGCUUUAUCUUUCUUUAAAUACCUAGAGUAUGAACAAAUUUCCAAUAUUAAGAAAUUCAGGAACAGUUCAGCAGGUCUCAACAUCAGUAAAGAUAUCUCUCAUGAUCAGAUACUCAAAGAAACUCAGCAAAGAAGCUUUCUGUGGUGGAUAAAUAUACUGCAGUCACUUCCUAAGUCUUCAGUGUGUCAGGAAGGCCAUGCUGGAGCUGAGUUGUUGGAUCUGUACAGAGAGUGGAAGAAAGGGCAGCUGAUCAACAUGCUUCACAUCAUAGACUUUAUAAUGAGGACAAUACUUAAGGAAAAGGUUGUAAUGUUUGCUGGUUAGGCUGGUUAAAUGCCACAUUCAAUCCAAGUAAAAAAAUAAAAUAAAAUCAGG